AUGCCACAGUUCUACAAAUUUAUCGAUUUUAAGACUGAAUACAAGUAUUCGGACAUUAUAUGGGACGGGCUAUUGCCUAAAAUGACUGAUGAAUAUUACAGAAUUUAUGUAUUAAAGAAUGUUGGAAAGCAUUUUAAUAAGGACAUUAUAAUGAGUUACUUUCGAUGGUUAGUUGCGAUGGCGGAAUACUUAACAGCAAAUGAUUAUAGUAGAGGAAUAAUAAUAAUUGUAGACUAUUUGGAGACCAAUCUAGUGGAAUACGUAAAAAUUUUGGACUUCGCUGAAGUGCGCCAAGCUUUGACAUUAAUAUUUGAUGGCUAUGCAAUGAGCAUAAAAUCUGUGCAUUUAGUUACUUCAUCAAAAAUUGUGGAAACGAUAAUUGAAUUUGUCAAACCAAUUUUGAGUACAAAAUUAAGUCAACGUAUUCAAAUACACAAAGAUUUGAAUUCACUACACCAGGUUGUACAAAGAGAUCUAUUACCAGAAGAGCUGGGCGGAAAUGAGAGAUCUAUUGUUAAAUUACACAAAGACUGGGUAGAGGUUCUUAGUUCAAAGGAGUUUCAAGAAUAUUACAACGAAAUGAAAACAGCUUCCACAAAUGAAAAGUACAGACUGACGAAUAAACUUAACGAAGAGUAUAUGGGAAUAGCAGGCACAUUUAAAACAUUAAAUAUUGAUUAG